GCAGGUAACAAGGAGUGGAGCUCAUUCACAAACAUUUUGGUUGCUAAAACUGAAAUAUAAUCAAUAAACUAAUAGGGAGGAGGCAGAGAGAGGAGGUUCAGUUCUCAGAGCCGCAGCCUGCAGACACACAUGCUUCUGCUCUGACAUCAGCGCAGAUAAGACGCACAGCCUCUCCGGAUCUCAGCACAUCUCUCCUGCAGGCAAGGUGAUACCCGGGGUCGCUUUGCAUCCAUCCGCCGGGCUAUUUUUAUUCAUUUUAAGACCCAGAAAACGCGUCUCUGUGGCGGUUUUUCCUCUCUUUGGAGUAAUGAGUCGCGAAGUUUGAGCCCCUGUUUUCCCAUCGCUCUCGGGGUCUUAUCUCCUGUUGGUGGAUUGUUGUUUUUCCCAGAAAGCAUGGUGCUGGACAAGGAGGAGAGUGUGUCUCUCGUGUCCCUCCAGUCCAGAGAAAAACCUCGAGGAUGUGCCGGCUGUAACGGCAGGAUCCGGGACCGCUUCAUGCUGCAGGCGCUGGACCGGUUCUGGCACGAGGACUGUCUGAAGUGCUCCUGCUGCGACUGCCGCCUGGGCCGCGUCGGAUCCACGCUCUACACCCGGGCCAACCUCAUCCUCUGCCGCAGGGACUACCUCAGGCUCUUCGGGGUGACGGGGAACUGUGCAGCCUGCAGUAAGCUGAUCCCUGCCUUUGAGAUGGUGAUGAGAGCCAGAGACAACGUCUACCAUUUAGACUGCUUCGCCUGUCAGCUCUGCCGCCAGAGAUUCUGCGUGGGAGACAAGUUUUUCCUCAAGAACAACAUGAUCCUGUGCCAGCUGGACUACGAAGGAGGCCAUCUUAAUGGCAGCACGGAGAGGCAAUGAGAGAUCAGAACAGGAAGACUCUGAGCCAGUUGGACUCUAAAUCUCACAGAGUCUUCAUCAGCUUCCUGUUUCAGACUGAAGCAUGUGUGGAAACAAAACUGAUGGGACAAGUUUCCCUUGAUUGAACUCUUUAUUAAAGAGCUGCUGGUGGAAACUCCCCUGAAAACUUUCUGAUCAAACGGACCUGAGAUUCACAGAGGAAGUGAAAAUAGAAUCAGGAGGAUAUUUAAUGAUGAUUCUGCUUCUUUUUUUUAAACAUUCAACAAAUAAUUUCUGUUCACCACACUGAAAUAAGAGACGAAUGGAGGCAAGCCGCACAUAGCAUCAAGCAAGUCAUCCAUCACAGAGAAAAUGCUAAGUUGUCUUUUUUAGACUUCUCUCUGAUUGUGAGUCCAUAAACUGUCCUCUGUGGUGAACCUCGCCCAUCUGGCAUGAAGGAAGCCGCAAACGAAAUGAAAACAUAUUCCCAAAUACUGUAAAAAAUACAGUUCAACAUCGGAGGAGGAUCCACUGCUUCUUCUUCAUAAAUCUGAAGAAUGGACAGAGAUGAGUGCUGCUUCAGAUCUCAAGGGUUUCCGUCUUUACUCAUUAAACUGAAUUUUGAUUUCA